AUGCCGCAUGGAAAAGCUUUUGGCUUGUUCAUGAAGCAUCCGACGCUUUAAGAGAAAACAUAAGAUUACAGGAGUCAUUUCCGAUUAUGUAAAGGGAGAUUCUGUGCGUUUGAUCCCUGCCUGCGGCGCUGGCAGCUCAUCUGCCCCUCUCCGGGCAGCACCGAGCUCUUCCCCAGCCUCCCAUUUCCCGACUUGAAGUUGUCCUAUCCAAGCCAGGGCAGUUCCCUGUGCAUUCCAAGUGGGUUCCCAGGGCUGCCGAGGCGAUGGCUGUAGGCAGUCCCAGAGCACGGAGGCAGCCAGGAGCAGAUGCUUAAGUCCGGUGCUUCCCAUACCUUCUGGAAGGUCCAGAGGAAGAAAUGACCAUGUAGAUUCCACAGCUUGGGUGCAACAUAAUGGGAAAUGGUGAAUGGAGUGGAGCUGGUCUGCAGCCUUGAAAGCAGCCAUUCUGCAGACCGCUAGUCAGUCAGGGACACCUUGCACGCCAGAGGCAUCCUCCACGUCGCUCGCCGGACACACCCUGGAUUCUUUUUAAUCUCUCAGCUCGGAAUUCAAGAUUCCUCUCCUUCAAUUUUUAAAACAGUUUUGAGAUUGUAUCGACUACCACGAGUGGAGCAAUACAAACCAGCCACCAUGGGUGACAUGACAAAUAGCGAUUUUUAUUCCAAGAACCAAAGAAACGAGGCCAACCAUGCGGGAGAGUUUGGGUGCACGCUGCAAGAACUGCGCUCCCUCAUGGAACUCCGAGGGACAGAGGCAGUAGUAAAAAUUAAAGAGACAUAUGGGGAAACAGAGGGGCUCUGCAGACAUCUGAAGACGUCACCAACAGAAGGAUUAGCCGGCACUGCUGCGGACCUAGAAAAAAGAAAGCUUAUUUUUGGAAAAAAUUUUAUACCUCCAAAGAAGCCAAAAACAUUCAUACAGCUAGUCUGGGAAGCGUUGCAGGAUGUGACUCUUAUAAUCUUGGAAAUUGCAGCCAUCAUAUCUCUGGGGCUUUCGUUUUAUCAGCCACCUGGAGAAGGGAAUGAAGGGUGUGGAACUGCAACAGGAGGAGCUGAAGAUGAAGGUGAGGCUGAAGCUGGCUGGAUUGAAGGUGCUGCCAUCCUACUCUCCGUUAUCUGUGUUGUCCUUGUCACUGCCUUCAAUGACUGGAGCAAGGAGAAGCAGUUUCGGGGGCUUCAAAGUCGUAUCGAGCAGGAGCAGAAGUUCACUGUUGUCCGAGGUGGACAGGUUAUCCAAAUCCCAGUGGCAGAGAUAGUAGUUGGGGACAUUGCACAGGUGAAAUAUGGUGAUCUCCUACCUGCUGAUGGGAUAUUUAUUCAAGGAAAUGAUCUGAAAAUCGAUGAAAGCUCCUUGACCGGAGAGUCAGACCAGGUCCGCAAAUCUGUCGACAAAGACCCAAUGCUGCUGUCAGAUCCUGCCAGUCAGAAAUGCUUGUUUCACUCUGUGUGGGGUGUGUGCUUUUAUUGCUCAUUAACAUUGUGUAAAAAUCAUCACACAGGUGGGAAACAGGAGGAUGGACAGCAGCCGCCAGAUUCUUCCCAUCCCUCCUCCCACCCUCCUUCAGCCACAGAUGGUGCAGCAGGUGCAAAUGCCACUGAUAAUGCAAAUGCCAGCUUAGUCAAUGGCAAAAUGCAGGAUGGGAAUAUGGAGAACAGCCAGAACAAAGCCAAGCAGCAGGACGGGGCUGCUGCCAUGGAGAUGCAGCCACUGAAGAGCGCAGAAGGGGGAGAGGGAGAUGACAAGGACAAGAAGAAAUCCAACAUGCACAAGAAAGAAAAAUCUGUCCUUCAGGGAAAGCUGACCAAGCUGGCAGUCCAGAUAGGCAAAGCAGGUUUGGUGAUGUCUGCUAUCACCGUCAUAAUUUUGGUACUAUAUUUUGCCAUUGACACGUUUGUGGUCAACAAGAAGCAGUGGUUGCCUGAGUGCACUCCUGUCUACGUCCAGUAUUUUGUUAAAUUCUUCAUUAUCGGUGUUACUGUGCUCGUGGUUGCUGUUCCUGAGGGACUUCCACUUGCUGUCACUAUUUCUCUGGCUUAUUCUGUAAAGAAAAUGAUGAGGGAUAACAAUCUGGUCAGGCACUUGGAUGCCUGUGAGACGAUGGGAAAUGCCACAGCCAUCUGCUCCGACAAAACCGGGACGCUGACGACCAACCGCAUGACGGUUGUCCAAGCCUACGUUGGUGAUGUCCACUACAAGGAGAUCCCUGACCCACCUCCAGAAAAAGAGGGUGGGCUGCCUCGCCAGGUGGGCAAUAAGACGGAGUGUGGCCUCUUGGGAUUUGUCCUGGAUCUGAAGCAGGAUUAUGAGCCUGUUCGGAGCCUCAUCCCCGAGGAGAAGCUCUAUAAAGUUUACACCUUCAACUCUGUGAGGAAGUCGAUGAGCACAGUUAUUAAAAUGCCAGAUGGCAGUUUCCGAAUGUACAGCAAAGGAGCCUCUGAAAUUGUCCUCAAGAAAUGUUCCAGGAUCCUCAAUGCAGCUGGGGAGCCUCGUAUCUUCAGGCCCCGGGACAGAGACGAAAUGGUGAAGAAAGUCAUCGAACCCAUGGCCUGUGAUGGACUGAGAACCAUCUGUGUGGCUUUCCGAGACUUUUCCAGCAGCCCAGAGCCCGACUGGGACAACGAGAACGACAUCUUAUCCGACCUGACUUGCAUUUGUGUUGUUGGCAUUGAAGACCCAGUGAGGCCAGAGGUCCCAGAAGCCAUCAGGAAGUGCCAGCGAGCCGGAAUCACGGUCCGCAUGGUCACCGGGGACAACAUCAACACAGCCCGUGCCAUCGCCAUCAAGUGUGGGAUCAUCCACCCAGGAGAAGACUUCCUCUGCCUCGAAGGGAAAGAGUUCAACAGAAGGAUCCGAAAUGAGAAGGGAGAGAUUGAGCAGGAGCGGAUUGACAAAAUCUGGCCAAAGCUCCGGGUUCUUGCUCGCUCGUCCCCCACGGACAAACACACUUUGGUGAAAGGUAUCAUUGACAGCACACAGGUGGAGCAGAGACAAGUUGUAGCUGUGACCGGGGAUGGGACCAACGAUGGACCAGCACUUAAAAAAGCUGAUGUUGGCUUUGCAAUGGGUAUUGCUGGGACAGAUGUCGCAAAGGAGGCCUCUGACAUCAUCCUGACAGAUGACAACUUCAGCAGCAUCGUGAAGGCGGUGAUGUGGGGCCGCAAUGUCUACGACAGCAUCUCCAAGUUCCUGCAGUUCCAGCUCACCGUGAACAUCGUGGCCGUCAUCGUGGCCUUCACCGGGGCCUGCAUCACCCAGGACUCUCCUCUAAAAGCCGUGCAGAUGUUGUGGGUCAACCUAAUUAUGGACACCUUCGCCUCCCUUGCCUUGGCCACGGAACCCCCCACGGAGGCGCUGCUGCUCCGCAAGCCGUACGGCAGGAACAAGCCCCUCAUAUCCCGCACCAUGAUGAAGAACAUCCUGGGCCACGCUGUCUACCAGCUCACCCUCAUCUUCACCCUGCUCUUUGUGGGUGAGAAAAUGUUUAAGAUUGACAGUGGGAGGAAUGCACCGCUUCACUCUCCUCCUUCAGAGCAUUACACCAUCAUCUUCAACACCUUUGUCAUGAUGCAGCUUUUCAAUGAAAUCAACGCACGGAAAAUCCACGGCGAAAGGAAUGUCUUUGAUGGCAUCUUCAGAAAUCCCAUUUUUUGCACUAUUGUACUGGGUACAUUUGCUAUUCAGAUAGUAAUUGUCCAGUUUGGAGGAAAACCCUUUAGCUGUUCUCCCCUGCAGCUUGACCAGUGGAUGUGGUGUGUAUUUAUUGGAUUAGGAGAACUUGUAUGGGGUCAGGUCAUUGCAACCAUCCCAACAAGUAGGCUAAAGUUUUUAAAGGAGGCAGGGAGGCUCACUGAGAAGGAGGAGGUCCCUGAAGAAGAACUCAAUGAGGAUGUUGAGGAAAUCGAUCAUGCAGAGAGAGAACUUCGACGUGGACAAAUUCUCUGGUUCAGAGGGCUCAACAGAAUCCAAACCCAGAUCGAAGUAGUCAAUACUUUCAAGAGUGGCACUUCCUUUCAGGGGGCUCUAAGGAGACAGUCCUCCGUCACAAGCCAGACCCAGGAUAUCCGCGUCGUGAAGGCAUUCCGUAGCUCUCUCUAUGAAGGUUUAGAAAAACCAGAAUCUAGAACCUCUAUUCACAACUUUAUGACUCAUCCUGAAUUUAGGAUAGAAGAUUCCCAGCCCCACAUCCCACUCAUUGAUGACACAGACCUAGAAGAAGACCCUGCUCUCAAGAAAAACUCGAGUCCACCGUCUUCACUGAACAAGAACAACAGUGCUAUCGACAGUGGAAUAAAUCUUACAACUGAUACAAGUAAAUCAGCUACCUCUUCUAGUCCAGGAAGCCCAAUACAUAGCCUGGAGACAUCACUUUAGCUGAAAAGGUCACUGCAAAAAAAAAAAAAAAAAACCAUAAAGAAAAAAAAAGAUUAAAAUUAAAUAAAAUAACCCCCCCUCCCCCAGCAACCGAAAUAUAUAAAUAUAUAUAUUAAAAACACUGCUGGCUGAAAAGCUGUUUGAACUCUUAUUCACUCUGAGACAAGUGAAUGAAUCGUUGAUCACAAUGGUUUUGGGGAAAGAAUGAAUGGCUGAUUUACAUACCCCCCUGUUCCCUUUCAGAAAAACAAAAACAAACAAAAAAAAAAAAUUCCUCCUGCAUGAAUGUACUGUACACUGCUGGCCCUUCUUUCUCUCUUUUUGUUUGUUUUUAUUUCCUUUUAGGUUUUGUUUUUGUUUUGUUUUUUUUUUUUUUUCCUCCUUAAGCAGGAACUGCAGAGGACUUCUUUCUGAGGCUAUUUAUCCAAUUCACUGGUCUGUGAGUUUUUUGAAAUGCUUGUGUGGCAUGGACUCAAUUGUAUAGAUUAAUUUAAAUAACUUUUUUGAAGUUGCGAAGCUUAACUUGCACAGUAGAUUUGCACCAGUUGGACAGAGGAACUUAAACAUUUAUGAGACUAUAUAUAGAGAUAUAUACAUAUAAGUAUAUAGAUAAUUAAUUAUAUAUAUGUAUAUAUCUAUCUAUAUAUAUAUAGUUAUAUAUAUAUAAAGUUUCUUUGUUGGCAUGUUGCCUUGUUUCUGCUCAAAUUGCUCUGACUAUUUUAACUUAUUUAUGUCCUAAAAAAGAAUGUAAUUUGUUUACAAACCUGUAGAUAAAUAUCCUUAACUAUUUGUAGGGUUAAGAAAGCACUUCCUGCCGAAGUAGUAUAAAAAUGGCUCAGCUCAGCUCAUUGAAAAUGUCUGUAAUAUCGCACCCUGGAUAUUUUAUUACAACCGUGUUCUGAUUUCUGCCUGAUUUUAUUUAUUUUAUUCCUUUUUUUUUUUUUUUGUUAAAUAAUGUAGAUACUGCUAGUAAAUAACAAAAGAAGCCAAAAUAUAACACAUUGGAUGUAGCAUUGUGAUCCUAUAUACAGGGAGGUAAACCAGGCUUCCUUUGUUUCAAAUAAAAAUCAAACUGAUCAGGUUCUCUCUUUCCCCCCCACCCCCCCUUUUUUUUUUUUUUUCUGGUCCCUCUGAUAUUCUGCUUGAAUUUGUUUUGGUGCAACAUCUGAUAAUGGAGGCUAUUUCAUUCUUUAAACAUGCAGCGAUGGCUUCCAAAAGCAUCUUUAGGGAGAUAUUAAAUGAGUUUAUAAUUUACAAUAAGUUGUAUUUGGUUUGUCUAUACGGAGAUAAAACGGAUGUUAAAAUACUGUGAUAUACGGUGUUUAAUCCUUUUCAAUUAGUAAUUUAGGCAUUUGUUUCCUUAUUACUUGCAAAGUAUGGGCUGUUGGCAUUUUGGAUGAGAAUCACUGUAGGUUGUUGCUUUGAUUUUUUUUUUUUUUUGAAAGAAAAAUAUAAUUUCUGCACUAUUAGGACU